GCGGUCCUUUGCCAAAAUGAAAUGUACUAUGGCUGAUGAUGGAGAAGAAUUCAAUUUAUUUAGUGUUGGAACAAUAGUAAGUUGUAAAACAUGCUUCGGUGAAGAGUUUGAAGGAGAAGUGACUGCUUUUGAUUAUCAGACAAAAGUGCUGGUUUUGAAAUGUCCAAGCAAAUCCGGCAAAGCCAAUCUUCAAGAUAUACGGAUGAUAAAUUUGGAUUAUGUUGAAGAUGUUGUUAUCAAGAAAGAGGUUACAACACCUGCUAAUGGAACACAGACUCUUAUGCCAUUAAAUAUAGAAAAGUUAUCUGGGCGAGCUAAGCAACAUGUGAAGGAAAGGCAGCGUUUAGUAAAUGCUUUGUCAUCUGGAGUCAGCAGCGAAGGCAUAACAAUAUUUUGUGCUAUAACAAAAACAAUUGCUGAAGUUACGUGGCAAGGAAAGAACAUCAUUGUUAUGAAUCAAGUUACUAUUUCACCUCCGUAUCGACCAGAAAAUUGCAAACCCAUAGGAAAAGGGGAUGGAGAUGCAGUAAAUCAUGUUCGUCGAAUUUUGGAAAAAUAUUUCAAAGAUCAAGCCCAAGCACAGCCCAGUCAAUCACAGCAGACUCAAUCUAGGCCUCAUCUACAAUAGAAAAUAUAAAUAUUAGUUAAAUGAGAUUUCACAUUUUGUUCUGGAUAUUCUAGCAAGGAAAACAAAAUUUGGAAUUUUGUCUCAUUUAAAGAAAAAAAGAAAAAGGGUUAAGUGAAAAGUGCAUUUGGAGUAUAUUGAAGUGGUUACCUAUAAUUUAGUCAUCUUAAGUUAUUUUUUAUACCUUUUUGAAUUUCAUUUUUUGUGAAAAGUCAAACAAGCAAUAAAAUGUGCUUGAUUAAACCUAGUGGUAUUUCAGUACCUUAAAUACUUUAUUUUUAAAAUUUAGCACAAACAUGCUCAAUUAUGCACAAGAGAAAUGAUGUAUGUUUUUAAGUGUAUUGUGAUAUUUGUCUUUAUUUUGUGUGAAAAGGAUGCUUUCAGUUAAAAUACUUAAUGUGAAAUCAUUUUGGAUAUUCAAAUUACUGAAAGAAAUUUUGAGCAUGUAUUCUUUUUUAAAUGAAUCAGUGUGCCCAUAAGCAAAUUAAUCUUUGUAAUGAUAAUAAUUGCAUAAGUAUGUAGCUGUAAUAAAGUAGCUUUUUUUUUAAUAUCAAUAAAAAAUAAUCAUGUCUUAGAUAAAAUGUAAUCAUUCACAAGUAGAUAUUUGUAAACAUUAAUUUUUAAGUUUUUUUUUUUUUUUUUCUGUGCUUUGUAUUCUAUGAGAGUAGUCGCUUAUUCCAUAAAAUGCAUAAUAAAUGUAUUCUCAAAAUCAGAUCGAAUGUUUUUGAAUACUAACUUUUUUUAUAAAUUUAGUAGGAUAAAACAAUUUACCUCUAUUUUGGGUGUUUUUACUACAAUUUGUACCGACAGAAUUAUUUUAUAUAUUGUUAUUUAUUGUUCAUGUUAAUUGACAAAAAAUAUUUAAUGACAUACACAUGUAAUUGCUGUUUCAAGACAUAGACCUCAUGUUGUGUAAUUUCACACUGUUAGGAAAACUUAUUACUUGUUGCAUUUAAAAUGUGAUCAAAGUAUGUUGGUUUAGUCAUGUUUUGUCAGAUAUGUAGUCUGUGCAAUACAUUGUCAUAGACUGUUGAUGUUUCACAAUUAGGUACAUUAAUGCUAAAAAAUUCAACAUCUUUUAUCUAUUAAUGGAGACUGUAUGUUCUUUCUAAUUAUGGAUUUGUACAAGUUAUUUAAAAUUGAAAAAUGUGAAUGUGUCUCCUUUUUCAUGAUAUUUGUAUUGAUUUUUUAAGCUAUGUGCAAGAAGCUCAGCAACAGUACAAAGAUAAAUAUGCAAGUUCUUUUAUUGUUCUCCCAUCACUUCCAAGUUAUUCCAUCAGAAAUGCCUUGAUAGUGUUUGUAGUUAUUAUGUCUUUUUCCCUAGUUGUAUAGGUUUACUAAAAGGUUAGCCACUUCAAUAUACAUAUUACUUUUUAAAAAAUUGUAUUAUAAUUUUUCGUGUAGAAAUAAAAGAUAAUCCAUAUCUGAUAUGUUGAAUUGAUUUAUAAGUAUUGCUAAUGUGUCAAGAACUGUUUCUAUCAAAUUUGGGAAAUUUUGUUUAUACCUUCUCAUUUUUGAGAUGUGUAAACAAAUGUAUGAAACAAUUUUCCUGUCUGAAAGAUUUGUUUGUAGGAAACAGUUCUGACUGUACACUAAUGUUAUUUGUUUUCAGAUUUCUGUUGUUUUAUUAUUAAUUAUAACUGAUAACCUAUGUGAUAUUUCUCUCUGUGCAGGCACAUUAGCAGUAUUUACAUUGACAUUACAUAUCUUUUAUAUUUUAUGUUCAUAAAUGCAAGUCCUAGAAAUCUCAGAGCAGCUGAAUGUCUGUUUGCUUUAUUAAGUUAUAAAAACAUGUUCAGGCAAGGAAAAAUAAAAUUUUCUUCAAAUAUCCA